AUGUCGCAUACUGGUAGAUCUUACACUGCACCACCACCUGCGUAUUCACAAGUUCCAAGUUCCGAACCUUCCUCUUCGCGUGAUCCUCAUGUAGGUGAAGAAUGGGAUGUGCCAGAAGAUUUUAAAGUUGGUGUAAAUGUUUCCGAUUGCGAUGUUAGUAUUCGUAUGGCUUUUGUUCGCAAGGUUUACUCCAUUUUAUUUGCCCAACUUUUUAUGUCAACUGUUGUGGCUGGAAUUAUGAUGUAUAACGAUAGUGUUAAAUAUUGGGUUCAAACAAAUGGAUGGGCGUUGCUUUUAUCUACUAUUUCGACUUUCAUCCUUUUGAUUGCUGUUUUAUGGAAACGUUUAUCUCAUCCUCUUAAUUUACAACUUUUGGCGGCCUUUACAUUAUCCGAGAGUUAUUGCGUGGGUACUGUUGUUACCUACUAUGAUACUGAAAUCGUCUUGCAAGCUUUGAUUCUCACAACGGGGAUCUUUGUCGGACUUACUUUGUUUACUAUGCAAUCUAAAUAUGAUUUCAGCGGAAUGUUCCCAUAUAGUGGUUUUGAUUUGGCUUAUGGUAUUAUUG